AUGUAUUCUCACCACACAACUCAUAACUGUUACGCACCCGGUGAUAUUUACCGCAAGGACGAGUCUGUCCCGAUCCCGUCUACUUGCGGUGGCCCCGAUGAUGAAGAGCUCUCGUUUAAGUUGUUAGCGGAUGCUGAGAACGAAGAUGCGAAUACCGUUACGGCGAGUAUGGAGGUGCACGAGUCGCAGGUGAUCUCUCAACCAGUGGAUGACCAAAUGCUGUUUAGUCUGGAGUCGUGGAGGUUUGAAGAGUAUAUCGAAGCAGUCCGUCAUGGGGACUUUUUCCGUUCUGUCAAGAACGUAUUCUCUCAAGUUGGCGCGCGAGAGGAGCCACUUUUGAUUGAAGCCCCAAGUGAUGAAGAACGCAAAGAAGAUGAAAACAAGUUGAUGCCGAGACGAGCAAGAGAGCUGAUCUGA